AAGUGUACCUGAUAUUUUCUUUUUCAGAAUUUAUAAUGGAGGCAAGCUUUACUAAGGUCAAAGGCGGGGCAUUGGUACUUAAGGGGGAAAAGAAAAAGAAACACAAGAAGACCAAGAAAAGGGAUAGAAGCGGAGAAAGAGAUGGCGAGGGGGGAAAGAAAUUAAAAAAGAAUUUAGAACACGAAGACAUGAACAAGCACGGUGGUUGGUGGCAAACAACAAAUUUAGCACAUAUUGUUGGUCCUGUGGCACUCCAGUUCUAUAAUGGUGCAUAUAUGAAGGCGCUAGACAACGGAAAGUUUGUACUCGGGGCUCCUCACGAUGAAGGACAGGGUCCAGAACCCGAAGAGAUCUUGAUGGCUAUGAAGGUUGGCGACGGCAAGUUCUCCCUGAAGUCAGGGUUCGAUAAAUACCUGCGCCUGGACAAGGCAGCCAGGAUGGUUGGUGUGAGUGACGCCGUCGGCGCCAUGGAGAUGUUCGACCCUGUCUGGGAGGACGGGAAAAUGGCAGUCUUAGGACCUAACGGCAGGUUUAUGUCGGUCGACGACGAGGAUUUUGUCGUCUUUGAUCAGGAUAAAGUUGGACCUGCUCAGAUUAUCAGAAUAAGAUCGAAUCGAGAAAGAGAAGAUAUGAAAAAGACGGAAAUACCUGAAGAAUUACGGGGUAACUUGUAUCAAGUAGAAACAAAAUUCGUCAAGAAAUUUCAGAAAUUUCAGGACCACAAGCUGCGCCUGAACCCUAAUGGAGUAGCUGAGCUUGUUGAGGCAAAGCGUGGAGGAAACCUUCAUGAAACUUUGCUGGACCGAAGAGAAAAAAUGAAGAGUGACCGGAUGUGUAAAUAAUGACUUCACUUUACUGCUGUUACAUCCGGUUUAAUGGGAUAUUUCCGGUGUGAUUGUAGAAGAAACUUGAUAUAUCUGAUAUGUGACUAAACCGGUUUAUUGCCGACCAGUUUUCAGAUAGAUCCGGUUUUUUCCAGCAUUAUCCGGGUUAUUGCGUUCCCGAUUGAUGAUUAUUUGUACCUGCUUAAAGAUGGAACACCGUAAUUACUAGUACUAAUUAUUAUUGUUGUGUUUAACGGAUGAUUCAUUUCAGA